AUGGCUCGUUUAUUCUCCCUCUUUGCCGUCGCCUUCUUGGGCCUCCAAUUGAUCCAGAUCGACCGUGCCUCUGCCGCAAGCAACCGCAUUGUCGCCGUCGGGGACAUCCACAGUGACUACAAGCAGGCUCUUGCAGUUCUCCAGAUGGCCAAGAUUAUCGACUCCAAAGGCGACUGGAUCGCUGGCCAGGAUACCUUCGUCCAGACCGGUGAUAACGUCGACAGAGGUGCAGGCACCAUUGAUGUUUACAAGUUGCUCCAAAAGCUUCGUGGACAGGCUAGUGCCGCCGGUGGAGUUGUCAUCAACCUCCUCGGAAACCAUGAGGUGAUGAACCUCGGUGGAGACCUCCGCUACGUCACCAAGGAGGACACUGCCUCUUUCGGUGGCGCCACUGCCCGCAAGGCUGCUUGGGACAUGCAAACCGGCUGGAUCGGCAAGUUUGUCUACAACAGCUUCAACAUCACCCACAUCCAGAACGGCCACACCCUCUUCAGUCAUGCCGACAUGAGCGUCGACUGGGCCGAGAAGGGUAUCGACCAGAUGAAUUACCUUUCCCACAAAGCCCUCAAGGACAAGAAGUUCAAGGAGCCUAUCUUCACAACCUAUGGUCCUGUUUGGAACCGCGACCUCGCCAAGGAGGAGGCCGGUGAGGACCAGACCUGCGAGGUCAUCGAGAACAUUAAACAGAUCCUUGGCGUCAAGCGUAUGAUCUCGGGACACACUGCCCAGUCCUCGGGCAAGGUCCUAACUCUCUGUGGCAACAGUUACAUCGGCAUCGAUGUCGGUAUCACCGCGUACUACGGUGCCAACCGCGCCGCGCUCGAGAUUAUCGAGAACAGCGAUGGCACCCAGACCGUCUCUGCCAUCUACCCCUCUGGCAAGGUCAUCCUCUCCUGA